CUGGACAACACGAGGAUUUACUUCCGAAGAUCCCGUUCCGCGGGCCCGUCGGUCUAGUGCUUGUUGUUCACACUUCUGCCCCUUCGUGGACUAAGUAUAAAUCUUGUCCUAUGAUGUUUUUGCUGGACAAAUCGUUGGCAAUAUCGGCUGUGAUCGCACUGUCCACAGCAGUGGUAUCGUCUGUCGCAUUUCUGAUACUAUACGUAGUCGUGCUCUGGUAUAAGCAAGCAUCUCUGCGUAAUAUCCCUGGGCCUCCCGCGCAGUCGUUCGCAUUUGGCAACCUGAAACAGCUCUUCGACCUGCAAGGCUGGGGCUUCCUCGAUGGCAUUGUGCAGAAGUAUGGAAGCGUUAUCAGGACUUGGGGAUUUUUUGGGGAUGCUCGACUCUAUAUCAGCGACCCCAAGGCCCUCUACUCCAUCCUGAUUAAGGAACAAGAACUAUUCGAGGAGACCGACAUGUUUAUAGAGUCCAACAAACUCUUUUUUGGUAUGGGUUUACUGAGCACUCUCGGACAACAUCAUCGUCGCCAGAGGAAACUCCUCAACCCAGUGUUCUCCAUAAGCCACAUGCGGUACAUGAUUCCCACCUUUUUCAAAAUCACACACCAGCUCGACGACAUCUUGAAGGCGAAGGUUAGCAACGGACCACGCGAACUGGACGUCCUCGAAUGGAUGACUCGCAUUGCUUUGGAGCUCAUUGGUCAAGGAGGGCUUGGGUAUUCAUUUGAAACCCUCGACGAGCAAAAGUCGAACCGCUACGCUGAGGCGGUCAAGAUGCUCUUCCCGACGGCAGCCAAACUGGCGCUUCCGCGCCUGCUUCUUCCCUACUUUUCAAAUAUCGGACCAGCAGCUUUUCGCCGCUGGCUUUUACAGUUGCUGCCUUCGAAGAAUAUCAAGCUUCUGAUAGAUGCAACAGACAUCAUGGACGAGACGUCGAAGACUGUUUUCUACCACAAAAAGGCAGCUUUGGAGAAAGGUGACGACGCCGUGGUUCACCAGAUCGGCGAGGGAAGGGAUAUCAUGAGCGUUCUAUUGCAAUCGAAUCUGAAUGCUGAUGAAGACGACCGACUGCCCGAUUCCGAAUUACUCGGGCAGAUGACGACACUGGUGUUUGCUGCGAUGGAUACGACAUCCUCUGCACUCUCUCGUAUCUUCCUCCUCUUGGCUAUGAACCCAACGGUGCAAGACAAGCUGCGCGAGGAACUGGUCCUUGCUCGAAAGGAAGCCGGAGGCGACCUGGACUACGAUACCCUACACGAGCUGCCGUACUUGGAGGCUGUCUGUCGGGAGACGCUUCGAGUUUAUCCGCCGGUGACUCAUAUCCCUAGGGUUGCGCGCAAGGAUGCCAUUCUGCCGCUGAGCACCCCCUUCACGGGUAUCGACGGCAAUACCAUAUCCGAGAUUGUCGUCCCCAAGAAUACGACUGUGUUGAUAGGUAUCAGGGCUGUAAACACUAGCACCGAGAUUUGGGGGCCGGAUGCUGCUGAGUGGAAACCUGAGAGGUGGCUGUCACCUCUACCUGAAAGUGUAACGAACGCCCGUAUCCCCGGUGUUUAUUCUAACAUGCUGACAUUCUUGGGAGGUGGAAGAGCCUGCAUUGGCUUCAAGUUCUCGCAGAUGGAGAUGAAGAUCGUUAUGUCUCUCCUCAUUCCAAGCUUCUACCUCUCGCCCAGCAAGACGCAGGUUGACUGGAUAAUGGGUCCUGUGGCUGCACCGGUCGUCUCGGGCGGCACGAAGCCCUCUAUGCCGUUGAUACUCUCGCCGGUUCAGCCUGGAGUCAAUGGCGCUGCCAAAGCAUAAUGUGGAGGGAGCAAUGCGUGUGACGGGAUUCAUUGUGUUACCGGAAUUUGACGGCGCCGCCAGCGACGAACUCUUUAGUGUAAUAUUAUUUCCUCCGUGUUACCCGUCAGGAUGGAUUGGACUUGGACAGUAUUCUAUAGUUUUAUCCUUG